AUGGCGCGCCCGCUUCCCUACACCUUUAUCUCCUGCCCUUGCGCUGAGACGGCUCUCUCAGGGCAACCCACAAACCGACUGUCUAGAGAUCUUUCUGCUCUCUCUCUUGCCCAACCUGACGACGAAGGCGACGAGAAAACAUUCGACCCUAGAUCCCCCCGAGCCAAUUACUCACUUUACCCCCCAGAACACCUCCUAUACUGCGAAGACUGCCACCAAAUAAAGUGCCCACGAUGUAUUACGGAAGAGAUUGUGUGCUGCUACUGCAUGUGGACGACCCUCGACAUUGGUAUCAAUUUUGAAAAACCAACGAACAUUCGCGCUCAACUAUCGUCUCUUAUCCAAGGAAGCAAUCGGCGGGAAUCAGCAGCAAGGACCUCCCGAUUGAGAUCGCCAUUAUCCAGUUUUUCUUCCUUGCAGGACAUACCAGAUGAACCAGAAGCUCAUCAGGAACGGCGAAUGCGCGAAAUCAGCUCGGAAGAUACUCAAACUCCUCUUAACCACGACGCGCGCUUUGCGGCUCUGAAAUCCUUCUAUCGAAGCCAACUUACGGAGACUUCUUCCUCUCCUACAGAUCCGUUAAUUGGCCCGGAGAUUGGUUCAUACUCUUCACCAAGCGCCCUAAGUCGUAUCAUGUCUCUGUAUACCUCAGGGAUAGAAAACACCACGAUUCAGAGAAUGGCUUCGGAGGGCUGGGAUGGUCUUGCAUCCACUGAACAGCGAUCAUUUCAACCCCCAGGCACGCGGUUUGUUGCUGAUCUACGGCCGCUCCCGGUUUUCCUCCGCACCAAGAGGUCCAAACGAUGCAAAGCAUGCAAGCACAUAUUGGUCAAACCGGAAUUAAAACCCCAAUCUACACGUUUCCGCAUCCGCCUCAUCGCAAUCAGUUACAUUCCAUUGACGAAUCUCCGGCCCAUCGUCCCCUUACCGCCUGCGCCACCUAUCAAUCUAGAUGCCCUUGAACCUCUCAAACCGAUUCAACUACUCCUGACCUUGAAAAACCACAUGUUCGACCAAAUACGGGUUACCCUAGCUACACCAUCAGUAACACCCGGUCGCGUAGCGUCCAAAGUUACCAUUCUCUGCCCGCAAUUCGAGGUCGGCGCAAACACGGAUGUGUGGGACGAAGCUCUCCAGUCCAGCACCGCCCCCGAUCCACGCUCAUCCAGGUCGGGAGUAGAAAAGGUUGCCGAAGCGGGUAAAGUGUGGGAUAAGGGGCGCAACUGGUCCACGGUGGCUAUGGAGGUGGUUCCCGGAUCACUGGAUGGUUUGGCCGAUGGCGGGAUGGCCGAGGAUGAAGAUGUGCUUGAGAUUCCCGAUUUUUGUGAGGCUGGAGUGGGAGGCAGAAGGGGGGAAUGA